GUAUGAUCAGAGCAGCAUCGAAGGCGUUCACCACGAAGACCUCGAGCAGCCUGGGCGGCAUACACCCGUCACACUUUCAGCACUUGAGCGACGAAUCCUUGGAGUGCCUCUGUGACAUCUUCCAGGCGGUGGAGGCGAUCGGAGUAUUUCCCAUUCAACUUACGUGGAUGGUGAUGCCGAUGUUGCCCAAAUCCGCUGGAGGACACAGGUUGAUUAUUCUGUACUCGGCGGCCUACAGAGCAUGGCAGAAGAUGAGAAGGCCUGGCCUCGACAUGGUCCAGCAGAGAUUGGACCGCACCUACUGGGGAGCGGCAUCGGGGAGAAGCGCAGUGGACAGUGCGUGGACCCUUGCAGCGGACAACGAGCAGAACGUAUGUCAGGACAGGUUCGUGGUCACGGUAGUUGCAGACUACAGCAAGUAUUACGAGACGAUUGGGUUGGACCAGGCGCGUGACAAAUUGAUGCGCCUUGGUAUGCCAGUUCCGAUGAUCAAGGUGGUCUACAAUCAAUGGGAGGGGCCAAGGAUCAUGCGGCUGCGACUCCACCACGGAGGAGCCCCAAGGCAUGCGAAUGCUGGGUUGCCAGCUGGAGAUGCGUAUGCAGACGUAGUGAUAAAGGCUCACGCCGUCGAACAGUACGACAUGUGCACGACCUUGCAUCCGCUGGUGCGCUUCGCUUCUUAUAUCGACGAUACAGCCCUUGGCGUCAACAGCAGUAGCAAGCAGAUGGUGAUUGACCAGGCGGUGCAUGCUACAAAAGGCUGCUUCAAGGUUGCACGUGCACUAGGGGCCAGCAUCAACGACAAGCUUGCCAUCAUUUCGAGCACCAAGGCCAUAAGUGAUGAAGUCAGUCGUCGAAAACAACUUGAUAUGAAGAUCAGCUUGAAGAGUACGGCGCAUUUGGGCACUGACGUCUCUGGAGGCAGGGUUCGGAAUGCCAAAGGUGCGCGUGGCAAGUUUCGGGCAAGACAGAAUGUGCAUGGUGGAAGGCUGAGGAUGCUACGGAAGUUCAAGAAGGCGCUCGCUGCUCAAAAGACGGGGAGACUUGGGGAGAUCUACCGUGUUGGUGCGAGGCCUGCGUAUACAUGCGGGGUUGAGGUCAACGGGGCCAACGACGUGGAACUCCUGAAGUUAAGGCGGGACUACAACAAGCACGUCAAGCCCAACCACGGCGGCACCUCCGCGAGCGCGAAGCUGGUGCUGCUCGGCGACCCUGCUGCCACGCAAGCUCUAGCGGAGAAGUGGGACAUGCAGCCUUACACAAGAGUCACCUUCGAUAUUCUCCGGCGACACGUUAAGUCCAGGAAGUUCAAUAAAUAUCAGAAGUUCUGUAUCAUGAACUGUGCCUGUGAUGGAGUAUGGACACGUCAAAAAGCGAAGGAGAAAGGAUACCUCACGGACGGCAAGUGCGAGUGUGGGGAUGCGGACACGCUGGUGCAUAGGCUGGCGGAGUGCACUCGCCCAGAAGUCGUAGAAGCACGUCGAGAAGCUGAAAUCCCCGAGUCUUUCCUUCAGGAGCUCCGCCAAGCGCCAGACGAUCGUGUCAUCACCCAAGGGGCCUUUGCAUAUCCUGAGUGGGAAAUUCCUGACAUGCAACUCGGCCCUGGCAGCGUGACUCUUGACGGUGAUGGCAACGAUUUCGCUUGCACGCCCGAGACCAUGCCUGCAACAGUGCUUGCUGAGACGGAUCUGGAGAUGGAGCUUUCGUUCGGCGGGAGCUGCGCGAAGCCAGACAUCCUGGAGCUCCAACGUGCUGGAUGGGCUAUCGCUUUAAUGGGUCCACAUUCGGACAAAGUACUAUGCACGAUGCACGCCCCAGUGCCAGCGUCGCUUCCGCAGUCCUCGGCGAUGGCGGAGUACCCAGCCUACGCGUGCACAGCACAGGUGGCAGACCGACCUGCUGAUGGCUACGCGGACUUCAUGGGUACGGUCAGGAUGGCGGCUCUCACGCACGAGCAGCAGUUACGGUCAAAGUCGGCAUACGCGUGCGUGGCCAUGUUCGCCCAGAGCCUUCCUGGAUUCCGUUUCCUCCGCAGCGUGACGCACGUGAAGGCACGCCGUUCGGGAGCGGAGUAUGCUGGCCUGGAUAUGGCCACAAGGAGGCUCACACAUGCCAAUGCCUAUGCGGACGUGAGAGCCAAAGCUGGUGCAGCGGUGCAUGCAGCUAUUAGCGAGGAUUUCGCGAAGGCUAUCGACACGGCCACUGUGAGGAUCAAGAACUUUGCGAAGUUG